GAGCGGGGAGCGACAGCGCGGCCAUGCACAGCUAGCGCCCGCCCGCUCGCCCAGCUGCCUCCGUUACCCCCCGGGGCAGCGCUCCUGGGCACCCCCGGCCAGCUGCUCGGAGUGGCUCAGACACACGCAGGGGCUCAGCGGCGUGCCACGGGGCGCCCCAAGGAUGGAAGGGGGCGCGUAUGGAGCGGGCAAAGCCGGGGGCGCCUUCGAUCCCCAGACCUUCUUCCGGCAGCCUCACACCGUCCUGCGGGUGCUCUCCUGGGUGUUCUCCAUUGUUGUCUUCGGCUCCAUUGUGAAUGAAGGUUACCUGAACAGCCCCACUGAAGUGGAGGAGCAUUGUAUCUUCAACCGCAACCAUAACGCCUGCAACUAUGGCAUCACUGUGGGCGUCCUCGCCUUCCUCAGCUGCCUUCUCUACCUGGCUCUGGACGUCUAUUUCCCACAGAUCAGCAGCGUCAAGGACCGCAAGAAGGCAGUGCUCUCGGACAUCGGCGUCUCUGCCUUUUGGGCAUUCCUCUGGUUUGUUGGCUUCUGCUUCCUGGCCAACCAGUGGCAAGUUUCAAAGCAUGAGAACAACCCGCUGAAUGAGGGGGCAGAUGCAGCCCGAGCAGCCAUCACCUUCUCUUUCUUCUCCAUCUUCACUUGGGGCCUCCUGACAUUUCUGGCUUUCCGGAGACUCAGCCACAUUAGCUUUCAGGAAGAAUACAACACUCUCUUCCCUAGCUCCCCCGCACCACUGCCCUAGGGGCAUUCCCCAGGGGGGCGCUUAGCGCCAUUCCCCCAGGGCCUUGGCGGGGAAGGGGUGUGCAUAGGGGAGGAGGUGGUCGGAGUGCAGAUGAUUCCAACUCCCAGGAUCGGGGUGGGGGAUAGGGGCUGAGAAUACAGAUGCACGUUGCCAUGUCGGUGCAGCUGACGUGGUGGGGAGAGAGAAGCGAUGUGCCUUGGAACUGGGAUGGGACGUUAAUUGUCCUUUGGGGAGUUGGAAGGAAGUGACCCACCUCUCCUCCUCCACUUUCCCACACCUGACUAACGCUGAAUAACACCUGUAUCCCUUUCUAUUGGAAUCUGCUCAGUCUUAAUAUUUUAGCCAGGCAGGGCUCCCCUCACCACAAUCCCUACUUCCCAUCUCCACUUCCUCUCACUCCUCUGCCCCUUUCACUCACUACGCUGGGAUGGUCCCUGGGUGGCUGGACCAUUCAAACAUGUCUGGGACGCUGCGGGAAUGCAGCCCUCUGGUCCCUGACCCUCAAUAAGCCCCAGCGCCAAUGACCUUGUCACACUAUAGAGCAUUCCAAAAGCAAUGUCAGAGGCAGGGAGCAGGAACAAGGCUGGACCUAUUCUAACCGCUCUCCCGGAGGGAAGGCAUCUGCUUCCCCUCUCCUCUCCUCCCCUCCCUAGCAAGGCCUGUGAUUUUUUUUCUUGGCAGCGUAGUGGGUCGCUCAGUGGAUGACUGGCAGUGAAAGGGUUAAUGGGAACAGCCACUGCCUCACUUCCAUCUCCUCCCUCUGGCGGGUCAGUCUGGAGCUCCAGUGGGGUCUAAGGUGAAAUGGGUCACAGAUCCAGCCCAAAGGAGCGAGACCUCUGAGGUAGACGUGAAGCAGAUCACCUGGCUGGGGAGGGGACGUUAUACAUGUAUAUCUGCAGGCCGUCUAUGCCUGCACAAUUUGAACCCCGUCGCUGGGCAGGAUGGACCCAGCAUACCCCAGCGACUGCUGUGGGCCUGGGCAAAGCAAGUGCAAGCAGCGGGUGGCACACUCGCGCACUAUCUCUCUUUUCCUGGGCUCACGCUCUCCAUGGGGCACACUAACUCUUCUUGCAUUUGGGUGUGUUUAACCAAUGAUUUCCAGUCAUGCCUUGUGCACUAAUCCUUAACCACUACUAACUUGGCUUUUGUUUGUCUCUCCUCCUUGGCGUGUUUCCUUCCCUUUCUCCUGCCUUGUUCUCUCUCUGCUUCCCGUCUC